AGGGUAUCAACAAGGACCUGCCCAUCGUCUACGACUCCAGCUGCCCCGGCCUGUGCUGCUUCGAGGACCAGCCGUGCAGGUACAACAACACGGGCUGCUACUCCGCAGCCUUGGCGCAGCAGAAGGUGAGGACGCCCACGAACGACGCCGAGUGCAAGGCCGUGGAGGGUAUCAACAAGGCCUGCCCAUCGUCUACGACUCCAGCUGCCCCGGCCUGUGCUGCUUCGAGGACCAGCCGUGCAGGUACAACAACACGGGCUGCUACUCCGCAGCCUUGGCGCAGCAGAAGGUGAGGACGCCCACGAACGACGCCGAGUGUAAGGCCGUGGAGGGUAUCAACAAGGACCUGCCCAUCGUCUACGACUCCAGCUGCCCCGGCCUGUGCUGACGAACGACGCCGAGUGCAAGGCCGUGCUGGGCAUCAACACGGGCCUGCCCAUCGUCUACGACUCCAGCUGCCCCAGCCUGUGCUGCUUCGAGGACCAGCCGUGCAGGUACAACAACACGGGCUCUGCCCCGGCCUGUGCUGCUUCGAGGACCAGCCGUGCAGGUACAACAACACGGGCUGCUACUCCGCAGCCUUGGCGCAGCAGAAGGUGAGGACGCACGAACGACGCCGAGUGUGAGGCCGUGGAGGGUAUCAACAAGGACCUGCCCAUCGUCUACGACUCCAGCUGCCCCGGCCUGUGCUGCUUCGAGGACCAGCCGUGCAGGUACAACAACACGGGCUGCUACUCCGCAGCCUUGGCGCAGCAGAAGGUGAGGACGCCCACGAACGACGCCGAGUGUGAGGCCGUGGAGGGUAUCAACAAGGACCUGCCCAUCGUCUACGACUCCAGCUGCCCCGGCCUGUGCUGCUUCGAGGACCAGCCGUGCAGGUACAACAACACGGGCUGCUACUCCGCAGCCUUGGCGCAGCAGAAGGUGAGGACGACGCCCACGAACGACGCCGAGUGCAAGGCCGUGAGGGCAUCAACAAGGCCUGCCCAUCGUCUACGACUCCAGCUGCCCCGGCCUGUGCUGCUUCGAGGACCAGCCGUGCAGGUACAACAACACGGGCUGCUACUCCGCAGCCUUGGCGCAGCAGAAGGUGAGGACGACGCCCACGAACGACGCCGAGUGUGAGGCCGUGGAGGGUAUCAACAAGGGCCUGCCCAUCGUCUACGACUCCAGCUGCCCCGGCCUGUGCUGCUUCGAGGACCAGCCGUGCAGGUACAACAACACGGGCUGCUACUCCGCAGCCUUGGCGCAGCAGAAGGUGAGGACGACGCCCACGAACGACGCCGAGUGCAAGGCCGUGAAGGGCAUCAACAAGGCCUGCCCAUCGUCUACGACUCCAGCUGCCCCGGCCUGUGCUGCUUCGAGGACCAGCCGUGCAGGUACAACAACACGGGCUGCUACUCCGCAGCUUGGCGCAGCAGAAGGUGAGGACGCCCACGAACGACGCCGAGUGUGAGGCCGUGGAGGGUAUCAACAAGGACCUGCCCAUCGGCUACGACUCCAGCUGCCCCGGCCUGUGCUGCUUCGAGGACCAGCCGUGCAGGUACAACAACACGGGCUGCUACUCCGCAGCCUUGGCGCAGCAAGGUGAGGACGCCCACGAACGACGCCGAGUGUAAGGCCGUGAGGGUAUCAACAAUGCCUGCCAUCGUCUACGACUCCAGCUGCCCCGGCCUAUGCUGCUUCGAGGACCAGCCGUGCAGGUACAACAACACGGGCUGCUACUCCGCAGCCUUGGCGCAGCAGAAGGUGAGGACGCCCACGAACGACGCCGAGUGUGAGGCCGUGGAGGGUAUCAACAAGGACCUGCCCAUCGUCUACGACUCCAGCUGCCCCGGCCUGUGCUGCUUCGAGGACCAGCCGUGCAGGUACAACAACACGGGCUGCUACUCCGCAGCCUUGGCGCAGCAGAAGGUGAGGACGCCCACGAACGACGCCGAGUGCAAGGCCGUGAGGGUAUCAACAAGGACCUGCCCAUCGUCUACGACUCCAGCUGCCCCGGCCUGUGCUGCUUCGAGGACCAGCCGUGCAGGUACAACAACACGGGCUGCUACUGAGGGGAGAGCUGCUGUGUAUUAUGGGUGAGCAGGAUGUGCUGCCGCACUAGAGACGAAUGGUGAGUGAGUGAGUGAGUGAGUGAGUGAGUGCAUUGUGCGUCGUGCCAGCUCAGGCAUUGUCGAGGUUGUGUUCAGCGAUUUCAGUCUUGUGUAAGCAUGCUGGCUGUGCCCAAUGUCCACGGCGCAGCAGUAUGUGUACUUACUGCUUCUCCUGCAAUCCGACUCCUGGACCUGAACGUCUGGGUGCACUUGGGCGGAGCGGCCGCUUCGUGCUGUGGCCGUCUUUGCCCACGUGCGGUCUUGUCACGGGAGAGACUGGUCAGAGCGAGGCCUCUGCAGAUUGAUCAAAAAAACAAAUGUCCACGGCGCAGCAGUAUUUGUACUGGAUGUUUCUCCUGCGUUCCGACUCCUGGACCUGAAUGUCUGGGUGCACUUGGGCGGAGCGGCCGCUCCGUGUUGUGACCGUCCUUGCCCACGUGCGGUCUUGUCACAGGAGGGACUGGUCAGAACAAUGCAUCUGCAGAUUAGUCAAACAAAAGUUAUGGUUAUGUCGUUUUGCGGUCUCCAUCUGCCGAUCACCUGUUCAAGCGCGAUACAGCAAAACGAUGCCAGCUGCGAUCGUUUCCAUUGCCAUGGAGCUCUUCUCCCAUAGCGAUGCGACCCACUGGUUCUCCGACUGGCGGGGCAGAUGUCUCGCUAGGAGGCUCGUCUUCCCGUGCGCCGUGCGAUUGGCAUCGCCCUCCGGAAGGGCAGCGG